AUGCAUGUACGGCCCGGCGCUGCUGUAUUAGCGCUGAUAGAUGAGUCAGGGUUUAGCAUUGAAAGCUACGUGGCGCUGAAGCCCCGUCCUCUGCUCCGUCCCCACACCGUGACCUCCGCGGUGGGCACUCGGUCACAUGACCAGUCACACGACCAGUCACACGACCAGUCACACGACCAGUCACACGACCAGUCACACGACCUGUCACACGACCUGUCACAUGACCUGUCACACGACCUGUCACACGACCUGUCACACGACCUGUCACACGACCUGUCACACGACCUGUCACACGACCUGUCACACGACCUGUCACACGACCUGUCACACGACCAGUCACACGACCUGUCACACGACCUGUCACACGACCUGUCACAUGACCUGUCACAUGACCUGUCACACGACCUGUCACACGACCUGUCACACGACCAGUCACAUGACCUGUCACAUGACCUGUCACACGACCAGUCACACGACCAGUCACACGACCAGUCACACGACCUGUCACACGACCUGUCACAUGACCUGUCACACGACCUGUCACACGACCAGUCACACGACCAGUCACACGACCUGUCACAUGACCUGUCACACGACCUGUCACACGACCAGUCACACGACCUGUCACACGACCUGUCACACGACCUGUCACACGACCAGUCACACGACCUGUCACACGACCAGUCACACGACCAGUCACACGACCAGUCACACGACCUGUCACACGACCAGUCACACGACGACCAGUCACACGACCUGUCACACGUCCUGUCACAUGACCUUCACACCUGUCACCGCACCGACCUGUCACACGACCUGUCACACGACCUGUCACACGACCUGUCACACGACCUGUCACACGACCUGUCACACGACCGUCACACGACCUGUCACACGACCAGUCACACGACCGUCACACGACCUGUCACACGACCUGUCACACGACCUGUCACACGACCUGUCACACGACCGUCACACGACCUGUCACACGACCUGUCACACGACCUGUCACACGACCUGUCACACACGACCUGUCACACGACCUGUCACACGACCGUCACACGACCAGUCACACGACCAGUCACACGACCAGUCACACGACCAGUCACACGACCAGUCACACGACCAGUCACACGACCAGUCACACGACCGUCACACGACCAGUCACACGACCAGUCACACGACCUGUCACACGACCAGUCACACGACCAGUCACACGACCUGUCACACGACCAGUCACACGACCAGUCACACGACCAGUCACACGACCAGUCACACGACCUGUCACACGACCUGUCACACGACCAGUCACACGACCAGUCACACGACCUGUCACACGACCUGUCACACGACCAGUCACACGACCAGUCACACGACCAGUCACACGACCAGUCACACGACCUGUCACACGACCUGUCACAUGACCAGUCACACGACCUGUCACACGACCUGUCACACGACCUGUCACACGACCUGUCACACGACCAGUCACACGACCAGUCACACGACCUGUCACACGACCUGUCACACGACCUGUCACACGACCAGUCACACGACCUGUCACACGACCUGUCACACGACCAGUCACACGACCAGUCACACGACCUGUCACACGACCAGUCACACGACCAGUCACAUGACCUGUCACACGACCAGUCACACGACCAGUCACACGACCUGUCACACGACCAGUCACACGACCAGUCACACGACCUGUCACAUGACCUGUCACAUGACCUGUCACACGACCUGUCACACGACCUGUCACACGACCUGUCACACGACCAGUCACAUGACCUGCGCGCACCCAGCCCCAUUACCAGUGCCGUGGCGGUCUCCAGCUCCCCCGGCCCCCUGCUCCCCGCUCCCUGCGUCCCUGACUGGGUCUCUCUGGGAAGGAGCACAUUCUCCUUUCAUCCGCUCUUAGAGGACAAACAUCAGUCCCAUCCCGCGGCCCAUCCAUAUUCAUGA